AUGAUCAAGACUUACAUUCUUCUAGACAAUUUUGUGCCAUUCAACCUGUGUCUUGUGCAAAUGUACACUUAUUAUACUUUUUUAUCCCUCGAACCACUUUCCUUAUGUAUUCUUUCUUAUGACAGGUUCAUUGUGAUCUGUUUCCCUUUAAGACAGGAGUCUAUAAACACAAACACCAGAAUGGCUUAUAUAAUCAGUGCAGUUUGGUUCUUUGUUUCUACUACAACACUCUGUUGCACUUCAUCCAUUCCAACUCUCUCAUUUUGUGGCUCUCUUAAUGUCAACAGCUAUUUUUGUGAUUAUGCUCCUGUUUUAAGACUCGCUUGUAGCGAUACAACAUCCCAGUGGAAUUGUGCCACUGCUUUAACUAUACUCUUCAUUACUAUACCUUUCAUUUUUAUUUUCUCGACCUACAUGGGUAUACUGACUGCUGUAUUUAGAAUGAAAAAUAAUCAGAGCCGUUAUAAGGCGCUGGCCACGUGCACAGAGCACCUCAUAUUAGUGGCCUUGUUCUUCAUUCCUAUUUUUAUUAUCUUCAAUCUUGGAUUUUUUGGAAUGAUUAUAAACCCAAAUAUAAGAACAGUGUGCCUGUCUUUUUCAUCCCUCCUCACACCCUGCGUGAAUCCCAUCCUCUACUCAUUGAAAACUAAAGAGAUUCAAAGAAGGCUUCAUUCAUUGUUAACCCGGAGACUGUCUGUUCAUCCUCUAAAAAAUGCACAUUAA